AUGACCAUCAGUCAGCUUUAUAUAUACCCAAUAAAAUCUCUCCGAGGAUGUUCUCUACCCUCUGCAACCCUCACUAAAGAGGGCUUUUCUUACGAUCGAAAGUUUAUGCUUCUCAAAAUUCACGAUCAGGAUUCUAAAUUGGGUCGUUAUCAAAAUAUGCAUGUGCCUCAUCAUCCCGAAAUGGUCCUAUUCCAUACAUCCAUUAAAGAUUCAACUCUUUAUGUUACUUAUCAUUCACCUGACGCCGCCAAUUCUCCAAACGAGGAACGUCCAACAUUAGAAAUCGAACUUUCACCUUCUACCUUCUCCAAUCUUCAGCAAGUCAAGGUCGAUAUGCAUGGGAGCGCAACCACAGCUUAUGAUAUGGGAGCGAAGUACAAUGAAUGGUUUACCAAAUACUUUGGCUUUGAAGUUAUCCUCGCAUAUGCUGGCAAUAAUCGUCGACUCGUUCUUGGAAAUCUUCCUGGAAAACCAGCUACUGAAGGUCCAAUGAAUUUGACGCCCACCAAGAAACUCUUGCAAUACAUUCCUAUAAUCAAUUCAUUAAUUCCAAGUCAGGUUGAUGAAACAAUUGCCUUCAAUGACUGCGCACCUUACCUUGUCAUCACGGAAGCAUCAUGUGAUGAUGUGUCAAAUCGUCUACCAGGCGACACCAAAAUGGAUAUUACCAAGUUCCGCGCCAAUGUAAUUGUUUCUGGUUCCCCCUCCGCCUAUGAUGAAGACUACUGGGGUGGAUUGACAUUUGGUUCUGAUAAAGACAAAGAAAUUAUCCUGACAGCCAACUGUGGAAGAUGUGUAUCUUUAAAUGUCGACCAUGAAAAGGGAACUGGAGCACCCAAAGGAGAAGGAGUAUUGAAGUUAUUGAUGAAAGAUAGGAGAGUAGAUGAUGGUGUGAAGUAUAAUCCUAUUUUUGGAAGAUAUGGAUUUCUGGGUGGCGGGAGUGAGGGGAAGAUUUUGAGAGUUGGUGAUGAAGUGAGAGUUUCGAAGAGGAAUAAGGAAAGGACGAGAUUUUAUUGGCCUGGUAUUUCGACUUGA